AUGAUAUCAAAUAGCAUCUGGUCAUGGUGGUCGGAAGUUAUCAGCAACAAAUACGACCUCACUCUCGUAUUACUUAUUUUUUCAGUCAUCACAUUGGCCGUUUCGUGGUACAAAUCCGCUAAGUUUCCAUCGCCGCCAGGACCUCGUGGGUUGCCGGUGGUGGGGUACCUUCCGUUUCUAGGCGUGAACCUGCACCAUGAAUUCACCGAAAUGGCUCAACUUUAUGGCCCCAUUUUCAAGCUCAAGCUCGGAAGUAAGACCCACGUUGUCGUGAGCUCUUCAGAACUGGCUGAAGUUGUGGCCCGUGAGCAGGACGACAUUUUUUCAAACCGAGACCCUCCGGCGGCCGCUCUAGAGAUCUCACACGGUGGCCAAAAUAUUGUCUGGUCCAACAACAACUCGCACUGGCGAAACAUGCGAAAAACGUUCGUGUAUCAAGUCAUCAACGGCAAGAAUCUAGAAGCUUCUCGGACAUUCCGGCGAGGUGAAGUGAGGAAAACUGUGAAGCAUGUGUAUGAAACAAUGGGGACGGAGGUGGAUUUCGGGCGGAUAAUGUUCUUGGCGUCACUGAACGUCGUAACGAGCUUGUUGUGGGGGAAAAGCUUGGUUGACGGAGAAAAAAGUGACGAUCUUGGAGUGGAGUUACGGCAAGUGCUUUCGAAGAUAGUGGAGCUUCUGGGAACGGYGAACGUGUCGGACUUKUUUCCGGUGGUGGCGAGAUUGGAUUUACAGGGCGUGGUGSGAGAAAUGAAGCGGCAAAGGAUGGUGGUGGAAGGGAUUUUCGACAGGAUSAUUAAUGAGAGAAUGRCGAGUAAAGUGGAAGAAACAGCAGAGCAGAAGGGAAGAAGAGAUUUGUUGCAGAUUUUACUGGAGCUUAAAGAAGAAAAGACUGCAUCGUCGUUCAAUAUCACCCAAAUCAAAGCUCUUUUCAUGGACAUUAUACUUGGAUCAACAGAGACAACAUCUAUCAUGGUAGAAUGGAUAAUGGCAGAGCUUUUACAACAUCCAAAGAUAAUGAAAAAGGUGCAAGAUGAAUUAGAAGAAGUCGUAGGCCUAAGCAACAUCGUUGAAGAAUCUCACAUCCCAAAACUAUAUCACCUUGAUGCAGUAAUUAAAGAAACAUUUCGAUUACACCCUCCACUUCCUUUCUUGGUAUUGCGGUCUCCAACUCAAUCUUGUAAGGUAGGUGGAUACAUAGUCCCAAAGGGCUCCAAUGUAUAUUUGAAUGUUUGGGCCAUACAUAGGAAUCCUGAAUAUUGGGACAAUCCCUUAGAAUUCACUCCUAAAAGGUUUAUAAAUCCUGAUGGAACAACCAAAUUUGAUUACGACGGACACAAUCUCAAAUACUUCCCCUUUGGAUCUGGGAGAAGAAAGUGUCCUGGAAUUCGCUUGGGAGAGAAAAUGUUGGUGUAUCUUUUGGCUUCGUUGUUGCAUUCAUUUGAUUGGACUUCGCCAAAUGACAAAGAGCUGGAGCUCUCUGAUAAAUUUGGCAUCGUCUUAAAGAAAAGAAAUCCACUAAUAGCUAUUCCUUCCCAAAGGUUACCAGAUAAAAACCUCUACAUGUAAUAGAAUUUGAAUCUGCAUCAAUUUCAUGUGUAAUAAUUUCUCGAUGUAAUGGUACAUUAAAUAAUUGUUGAUACAAUUUUAAGAUGGACUCGACUAAAUGUACCUCUAUUUACUAAUUUCCUUCUUGC